AAGCACUUCCGGCCAAUAGUUCGCAGCAAGCUAGUUAGCGAACUAACUCAGUAUUGCUUCUCACAACUUUCCCAACAUGGAUUCACGCAAAACGGGCAUUUUAUGUUCAGUAAGGGGAUGCCACAAUAACUGUCAGAAACGGAAGCUGUUCAUGGAGCAGGAGUGUUUUGACCACCGAACUUUUUUUAGGAGCGAGUGCAGUUGUGAGGCGCCUUUUGAUGUGCACCCACCUCCUAAGGAUAGGCUGGACACAUGACAUUUUUAACACCGUUUUUUUCGGAUAAAAAGUAGUUAACUGCAUCCGCCGUGUAGCCCAGUUUCAUAAUAUUACCAUAUGUCCCAGCUGCUUGUCGUAGUUUCGAAGUAAUCACGAAAAAAACAGGCCUCAUUUUAGGGCAUUAGUUCUAUUGAACACCGUGGCACCAACUCGCCUUCGGAAUGUUUUAUUCCCAGCCCAUUGUUCAACGUCACAAUGCCUGCUUCGCUAUUGUUGGCAAUGAGACCUGCCCAUGCUGGUAGUUAAAACGUCAACAACAACAACAAAAAAUUACUCAUGGAACUAUGAGGUCGUCCCAUUCUCAAAAUAUCUCUCAAUGUGUAUAUUUUGAUUUUUUUCAAGUCGGACACUAUUUUAAUCAGGUGAAUCUCCUCUUUGUAAUUAUAUAAGUCUGGGCAGCGAGCUCGGUUGUCAUCGGUCACUAGACCAGAAAUAUACGUUUUCAUCAUUACGCAGACAUAAGGCACAAUUGACACCAUCGAGGUGCAGAUGUUUACUUUAUACACACGUUUUUUUUCUUCUUCAGUUUCGUCCUAAGAACAGAUUGUAGUGGUAAUAUGAAAAGUGCUAAAAAAAAUUGUGCCAUUUAGGCGAAAUGGAAUUCUAAGCAUAAUUCCAGUCAAAAUAGGCUCUGCGAACGUUCGAUUAAAAUCAUUUGCUGUGGGCUCGCGCUAGUGUUCCAGCUUAGCCAACGUUCUAUUGCCGUUUUUCAGCCUUGGGUGAAUUUUGACUCGUUCUAUUGUCCAGCCUACUAAGGACGAGGAGUCUCUUCGACUUUGGCUCAAAGCAUUGAACUUGAAGAAACCACCAAACCGACCCUAUGUGUGUUCUAUCACAGAGCAUCCUUUCCCUGAGAAGUGGCUGGGCUAUGAUGCUCCAGUACAGACCAGAAGUCGACAUCUCAUCAGGACAUCUACACAUACAGCAAUUAGAACUCAUCACACCUUUCCAACUAUACUUCAAUCCUGAUUUAAUACUAAGGAAUUAUCAGGUAUGGAGACUCAUUACCAACUUUCUAUUUUUCGGUCCAGUUGGCUUCAACUUCCUUUUCAAUAUGAUUUUUUUGUACCGAUACUGCCGUAUGCUGGAGGAGGGCUCUUUCAGGGGCCGCACCGCUGACUUUGUCUUCAUGUUCCUCUUCGGUGGCCUUCUGAUGACUAUAUUUGGCACCUUUGUGAGUCUGGUGUUCUUGGGCCAAGCCUUCACCAUCAUGCUGGUGUACGUGUGGAGCAGGCGCAACCCCAACGUUCGCAUGAACUUCUUUGGCCUGCUAAACUUUCAGGCGCCCUUUCUCCCUUGGGUGCUCAUGGGAUUCUCUCUGCUGCUGGGCAACUCCAUCAUUGUGGAUUUACUAGGUAUCGCUGUGGGUCAUGUGUACUUCUUUCUGGAGGAUGUGUUCCCAAACCAGCCAGGUGGUGGCAGAUGGCUCAAGACUCCCUUUUUUCUUAAGAUGCUGUUUGACACUCCAGAGGAAGAUGCCAACUACAACCCCCUUCCUGAGGAGCGUCCAGGGGGAUUCGCCUGGGGAGAGGGACAGCGCCUCGGGGGUUAACCUAGCCCCCCACCACAGGAUCACUUUAUAAGGACAUUCCCUCAGAGAGACAGAGGGAUAAACUUGGUCUUUUUUUCUCAACUUAUUUCUCUAGUUCUGGAUGGAGAAUGCCAAUCUCCAACCAGAGCUUUUCUGAGAUUGGUGUGUGACUUACAUCUCCCUCAAACUGUUGUAUAAACCAGACUGUCACUUUAAGACCACAUGAGGACGUAACAACAGCAAUGGACUUUUAAUGGCAAACCUUUGGCUGUGUUGACGUUUGGCUUUAUCUCUGGGGGGAAAAAAUAGGCUCAACAAUAUUGUCAAUACAUGAAACAGAGGAUAAAAUCUGAAUGAAUUCAAAUCUUGAGUGUUUUUUCCAUUUUACUUUUUUUAAAAAUUUAAAAAAACGUGUGGCAAAUGUAGAAAUUGCUGGAGAUAUUUUCUUUGUCCGUUUUUUGUAAGGAGUUCCAUAUUUGAUUUUUUAUUAAUUUCAUUUCAGUCCCAAAAGAGUGCUUGGAUGCACUAGGCAUCAACAUUGUGAGAACUCUUGCAUAAUUUACAUAUUGAAUAAAAGCACACGUGUUUAUUGCAA